UGUGAUGCUUUUUAGUUCUUUCCUACGAAGUUUCUGUCCUGAGACCAUGGAUUAACAUUGGCUUUGAUUCUCAUCAUUGUUAUAACUAGCAAAGAGUGUUGCACAACUAGUCCUGUGGCUGAUCUUUUCCUAAAGCAGAUCUAACAAAGCAAUAGAUCGAGAGGAUGAGCAAAACUCAAUUGUAUAGCAGUGGUUUAGAGUUGGCAAAUUUCGUGGUGACCCUUGAUAUCUUGCACGAUGCAUGGACUGCAAUUUGGAGUCUAUACACAGAAAUCAGUCGGAAUGAAGGACCAUCUUCCUUCGUGAGAUUCAAAGUUUAUGAGCUACCAAACUAUACCAUUAUAGCGUUUUUCACCUGGUCCUCUAGUAGCAAAGACUCUGUUCAGUGUGGUGGAGGAGGAAAUUUAGUUUCAUCUUCAACUUUUAAGUGGUCUUUUCCUUUCUUUGAUUUCCUGUGCCCCAGACCCAAAGACCCAGAUAAUCAAAAAAACAAACCCAAAGAUGACCCAAGUUUCUCCAUUAACGAAACUGCAUUUCAGCUUUUUAAAUCCAUUUUUGGUGUGCUCCCGAAAUUUGAGCAACAACAGAACGUUGACAUCAACAUUAUCAUUACAAAGAUAGAAAAACAGGCAAAAAUUAUGGCAAUUUUAAACUAGUAGGCUUUUGAUCCCACCAGGGGGUUGAAUGACAUUAAAGUGUAUAUGGCCUAUCUAGAACAGUAUAAGAAGGUGUCUAAAGACAAGAGAGUUGGAUACUAUGAUAGAUACAAGAAUAAACUUGAUACAAGUGAUAUUAAGGUGGUAGAGUAUAUGAGAUGCCUCACAUGUUACUGGGAAGAAAUGGUUGAUCAAGCAGAGAAAAGGCCUCAGACAGUAGGUGCCUCCCUUCGUACCCGUUCACUCUUUGGGGGAACAAAUUACCGAAGGAUGAUUGAACCACUGGACAUAGCUGAUUACUACAAGGCAGGCAAACAAGACUACAUAAAUCAAGGAAGGUCAAAACGUUACAUAAUAUUAGAGCAAUUGCUGAAAGAAACAGAGAAACCUUCAAGUGGUCCAAAUGAAUUGAAGAAACAGAAUGUGGCGUCAAGUCUGACAAAGGAUUCUUGCUUUUGGGCACAUGUUGAGGAGGCUCGCAUUUCAUGCAAAUUGCUGAGUAGCGGAGAAUCAAAUGAUAUGGAGAAAGAAAGAAACAAAUUGAUUGAGUUUGAAAACUAUGUAUACGGUUUGAUGAAAAAUUAUGCAGUAUCUUCUGAGAUUUUCUUACCUGGGAGCAGCUUCAUGACAUGGUGGAGAGACUAUAGAGAGAUUAAGGGAACUUUUUAUCAUUCACAUCUCACUAGCUUAAUGAAUAAUGAAGAGAAUUAUGACAAGUACGCUAAGGGCCGCUUGGUGAUUCCCUGAAGGUUUAUAUGAUUUUGAUCACAUAUUUCAAUAAUUAUGUGUGCACUUCCCUUCAAACAUUUAUGGUAUUUUGAAGCCAUUCCCUAAUAGAUUGUAAAUUAAAGAAAAUCAUCUUUUCAACUUUUUUAUUAUUUUUAUAAAAUUUUCAUGUCUUGCUUU